UCCCUUUCUUCUUAACCACACACCGUUUGUUUGUCUAAACUUGGUCGCAGGAAAGAUCUGUUAUCUUUUAGGACCGAAACCGCACUGCUUUAUCCACUCUUUUCCAGCCUUUCCUUUCAUCACCUCCGGCGGCAAUGGCUGCUUCUUCUCCAACUAUAAUCCCUACCCUGUCAACGUCCCGCUUGUCCAAGACACCGGUGUCUUGCUCUUCUUCUCCCUCACUCACUGCCUUCAACGUAUUCCCCAGUGCCUUAAGGCCUCUGGUGCUCCACACGAAGAAGAACAGACAUUCUGAGGUGCUCGCCAAUGCCCAGCAGACUUUUGAAUUCUCCGGUGGUUCAUUAUUCGAUUCCGAGUUCGAAGACGAUGACGAGCCACCAUCUACUCCCGGUUGGGGCAUUCCCGAUAUAGAAGAUAGAGAGGAGCCCCAGUGUCCUCCAGGGCUGAGGCAGUAUGAAACGAUGACGGUUUUGAGGCCCGACAUGUCUGAAAAUGAACGGUUGGCACUCAUCCAGAAAUAUGAAGAGUUGCUUGUUGCUGGGGGUGGUGUGUAUGUGGAGGUGUUCAAUCGAGGGAUUGUUCCUCUUGCUUAUGGUAUUAAGAAGAAAAACAAAGCAGGAGAGACCAACAUAUACUUUGAUGGAAUCUAUAUCUUGUUCACAUAUUUUACCAAACCAGAGUCCCUAGAAGAACUAAAGGAGAUGCUGAAUGCUGAUGAUGAUGUCAUCCGUUCAACCAGUUUCAAGAUAAGGAAAAGGAAGUAUUGAUUUCUUGCAUGGCUCAUGAAGUGACUAUUCAUUCCAGGUUUAGGCAUUUAGUAUGAACUUGCUGCCUGGAAUAAUGAGUCCCCUAGACUCAUUAUUUUCCCCUAGUGAUUGCUAUCAUGUUUUGGAGCAGCUGUGCAUAUGAUAUUGGUAUAUGAAAAUCUGAUUGAUCUAUGUGUCCUGCGCCAAUCACAUGUUCUAAAUAGUAAUUGCAACUAAUUAUUAAUCACAUAUGCAUCCUUUUCCUGUGCCUUUUUUCUUAAUCAUAUCAAUACAAUCACAGGCCAGUUCGGGUCUGAAAACUGGAAGAGCCUUAGCUGGAAUGGGUAUUAAUACUGGUUGACCAGGAAAAUUGAGUUAAAAAUCCAGAACAGGGAUAUGAAAACCGAUUACGGACCCACUUCAUUGCAACCCUAACUGGCCCAACCUUCAUCAGUUGCUUGUCCGGUUCAAGCCCGGAAAAGCAUUUUUUGGGUAAAAAAACCUCACAGCCUUAGCCAGGUUCUGGUUUGGAGUCGGACUGUCGGAGCCAUGUCCAAAGAGUACUUAAUGUUGGGAAUUGACUUGAACAAGAAAAAACUAAACCAGGAGCUAAAUAUAUCAGUUCCGGGCCUCUUUGAUUGUAACUCCUACUAGAGACCAAUUACCUGUCAGGCUGUCAUGUUUUCUUACCUGACAGGUAACUCCUAAUGUACUCUCUCAGUAGUUUCUUUGUUCAUUGAAACUUUGCCAACUUUCCCUUUUUAGUUGUCUCAUUAACUUUGCCGCUUUCCCUUUUAAGCAAAGAAUUUUUUGUUUCUGGUUAA